GGAACGGUUAUGUUUUGGGUGAUCCGUAUGGCCUCUUUGUUGAGGCCUCUAGGAUACAGAGCCCCCACCUAAAGACGCGACCCUCCCUUGGGAGGGAGGCCGGGCCCGGGGGCGGGAGCACAGCGGGGCCCCAGCCUCAGGCGCGUCGCUGAGCACAAAGGAGACAACAGGGAGGCGGCAGCGGGCGCUGAUCCUCGCUCGCCAGCCACUAGCGAUUGCGGUUACAGACCUGCAGCGCCCCCUCCCCCGCCUGCCGGCCUUUCUGUCUCCUCUCUCCCUCCGUACUGGACGGCCCCGGUCCAUUUCCGGGCUCCGGAUAUUUGGUAUCGAUUGGGGCUGGGGGCGUGGAGCAGGUGGCCGCGGCGGGGCAGUGGGGCCGUCAGCCCUGUGCGUCGGGGUUCGUCUCCCGCCGCUUUGGUCACCAGCCCCUGCCCGCCCGUCCCGCUCCGUUCUCCGGCCUGCGAGCGCUUCCCGCCGGACUUUGCGCCGCGUCGGGCGCUACUGCUGCGCUCGGAGCCCCGCUCGGCGCCGGCGUAAAAGGGGCAACCGGGACCCCGGCCCAAUAUGGCUGAAGUCAGCAUCGACCAGUCGAAGCUGCCUGGAGUCAAGGAAGUAUGUCGAGAUUUUGCUGUCCUGGAGGACCACACCCUGGCUCACAGCCUGCAGGAACAAGAGAUUGAGCAUCAUUUGGCAUCAAACGUUCAGCGGAACCGUUUGGUCCAACAUGACCUCCAGGUUGCUAAGCAGCUCCAAGAGGAAGAUCUGAAAGCCCAGGCUCAGCUCCAGAAGCGCUACAAAGACCUUGAACAACAAGACUGUGAAAUUGCUCAGGAAAUUCAGGAGAAGCUGGCUAUUGAGGCAGAGAGACGACGCAUUCAGGAGAAGAAGGAUGAGGACAUAGCUCGUCUUUUGCAAGAAAAGGAGUUACAGGAAGAGAAAAAGCGAAAGAAACACCUUCCAGAGUUUUCUGCAACCCAUGCUUAUGCAGAUAGUUAUUAUUAUGAAGAUGGAGACCAAUCAAGGUCAAGGAGGGCCAGGGAAUUGGGUUCUGGAUUCUCAAGACCUUGUAGACUCCAAAGAGAUGGAAAGACUGUGAAGCAGAAGAAGGAGAAACCAGAACAUCCAAUGGAGAACUUGGAAGAGCCAGAACAGCAUUGUUCAACAGAGAGAUCCCUGUCAUCCUCUAGCUGGGGCGCAAUGAGGGACAAUCCCCAAAUUAACAGUCAGCAGCAUGAAAGAAAACGAUCCACUCAGGAGAGGCUCCGGAGACCUCCACUUCCCAUGAUCAGUGGUGAAGUGUUUCUGAGCACUGAAUAUGAUGACUGGGAGGCUAAGAGUAACCAUCAGACUCGAAAUUGGGAAAAACAUUCUCAACACCAAGACCGACUUUCACCCAAGCCCUCACAAAAAGCAGGGCUUCAGUACAAGGAAGUUGUAUAUGGGAGGGACCAUGGGCAAGGUGAGCACAGAAAAAGGAGACACAGGCCCAGGACUCCUCCAUUCUCAGAGUGUGAGAAGCAGCUCCAUCUCCAUGACCCAGGAAUGAAGCCAAGAGCAACAAAAGAAGCUAUAUCUACUCCAUCACGAGUGACCCACAGGGAUCAGGAAUGGUAUGAUGCUGAAAUUGCCAGAAAAUUACAAGAAGAAGAACUUCUGGCUACCCAGGUGGACAUGAGAGCUGCUCAAGUAGCUCAAGAUGAAGAAAUCGCUCGACUUCUAAUGGCUGAAGAAAAGAAAGCUUAUAAAAAAGCCAAGGAGCGGGAGAAAUCAUCUUUGGACAAAAGAAAGCAAGACCCUGAGUGGAAGCCAAAAACAGCUAAAGCAGCACACUCAAAGUCAAAAGAGAGUGAUGAACCUCACCGUUCUAAGAAUGAAAGGCCAGCACGGCCACCACCACCUAUCAUGACAGAUGGUGAAGAUUUGGAUUACACUGAUUUUACAAACCAGCAGAGUUCCACGCGGCAUCUCCCAAAAUCAGAGUCCUCUCAUAAAGGUUUUCAUUACAAGCAUUAAAAACCUAAGAAUCUGCCUUGAAAAUGGACUCACUUUAGCAAAUAUUACUGGGUGAUACAGAAUGAAUUCUACACAUAUUUUUUUCAUCUGUGUUUGCAUUCCUGGGAUUUAUCCUCAAGCAUAUAUUUCUGACCAUAAAUAAUUUAAAUUCAUUUCAAAUGUUUUGGUUAUCCGUGAUCACUUGGGCAGUAUGAGAAAAUGUAGCUUCUGAAUAUUGGCCACCUCUAUGCUGCAUAUACUUCCUGGGAUAUAGUAUCUAAGAUCUCUGUAAGCUACCAUUUUGUUAGGUAUAGAAGUUUGGUAUCUAGGGAGUAGGCCUUAUUUAGCAAUUCAAAUUUUAUGGAGAUGAAUGAUCAAAGUAAAAACAAUGGGUGCAACGCAGAAUAAAAGAAUAUAAGAAAUAGCUAUUUGUUGCAUUAGUGUAUGAUAUUUUGCAGGGUAUGAUAUUUUGCAGGACAGAGCUUUUGCCUUUUAUACUCUUUUGAAAAAGAAAAUCACAACCAUAAAGUAUUUUUAAAAAAGAAACACUCAGAGCAAUUGAAGUAUGUUAUUCUGACUAGAUGGACUGUAGAGGUUUUGCAUAUCUGCCUCAGCCCUCCUGGGGAAAUUGGCCUAGAUAGCAUUCUUUAACACUCUGCUUUUGCCUCAGUAGCAAGGCUGUCUGAAGCCCCUGGGCAGUGGACCGUUUAUUAAUAUUUAUUGAAAAAAUUUAGUUCACUGAAAUUUUAUCUUAGAUAUAUUAAUAACUAUCUCUUCUUUUGUUUUUCAUUUACUUAUAGAACCAAGGAAAUGGAAUUGAAACAUGAUUCCAUAAGUAAUGAUGCCAUCCAUCUCUCUGGCUGUAGACUAAGGUUUUUCUCUUGCUUAAAGUCAUUGCAGUAUUUGUUGACAACCUCUCAAUAAUGUUUUGUUUAUUUGCCAAUAAUUAGAUUAAUUCAACAUGAAGUUGAAUUUGAUAACAUGGUUAUUUAUUCAAGUAUUUGGGUAUUUCGUUUUUUUUUUUAAGAUGGAGUUUCGCCUUUGCGAGGCCGAGGCGGGUGGAUCACGAGGUCAACAGAUCGAGACCAUCUUGGUCAACAUUGUGAAACCCCGUCUCUACUAAAAUUACAAAAAAUUAGCUGGGCACGGUGGUGCGUACCUGUAAUCCCAGCUGCUCGGGAGGCUGAGGCAGGAGAAUUGCCUGAACCCAGGAGGCGGAGAUUGCGCCGAGCCGAAAUCGCGCCAUUGCACUCCAGCCUGGGUAACAAGAGCGAAACUCCGUCUCAAAAAAAAAAAAAAAAAAAGAUGGGAGUUUCGCCCUGUCACCCAGGCUGGAGUGCAGUGGUGCAAUCUCUGCUCACUGCAACCUACGCCUCCUGGGCUGGAGCAAUUCCCCUGCCCCAGCCUGCAGAGUAGCUGGAAUUACAGGCAUGUGCCACCAUGCCUAGCUAAUUUUUGUAUUUUUAGUAGACAUGGGGUUUCACCAUGUUGGCCAGGCUUGCCUGCAACUCCUGAUCUCAAGUGAUCUGCUCGCCUCAGCCUCCCAAAGUGCUGGGAUUACACAGUGGUGCCGGCCAACCAAGUAUUUGGUUUUAAACAUUUGUAUUUCUUUGUGCAAGGGAUUGUAUUCCUUUGUAUAAUCAUUAUUAUUACAAGAUCUUUAAGCCCCUCUUCAAGAAAUUUAGUUUUUGUGUAGCUGCUAACUUUACUGCAAUAUUUAUUUUCCUAUACUACUUAAAUAACAAAUGGCAAUCAAGCUUUCCUGUUCUCCCUCUCUUUCUCUCCCUACUCCAUAUAUAUAUAUAUAUAUAUAUGUGUGUGUGUGUGUGUGUGUGUGUGUGUGUGUGUGUAUAUAUCCCUUCAGCUUGACUUGCUGUAUCUUUUAUUUUAUGAAUCUGAAAUUCUUGGCAUUUCAAUAGGGCGUUUGUUUAGGAAGGAAAUAUAUAGAUCACUAGAGAAAAUGUUAAUAUUUUUCCCACUGGGAACUGCCUUCUGUUUGCCUUACCUUUUCAGAUAGCUUUUAAAGUUGGGCAAUAUUCAGGAAGCUGUUUAGAAGAGUUUCUCAGAGUGAAUUUGGGUAUCUCAUUUUGAGAAAGAUUCUUAAUUUAAUAAAGUUUAUGUAUUGUAGGAAUUUAAAUAAAAUCAUCUGAGUUAAGUUUUGGGUAAAUGUUAAUCGGAAAGAUAAUAUGCAUCCCUAGGUGAUGUCAUUUUGGAGAAAUGGAGGAAAAGGAAAAUAACAGGACUUCUUAUAGCUAUGAUAAAAUGCAUAAAGAAAAACCUCCAUUUAAAUACAGAAGGGAAGACAAAAUGGUAGGUCCUGGCCUUAAGUCAAAUUCUGGAUAGUGGUUUCAACAUCCAAAGCUUAGGCCUUGUUUACUUAUAGUAAUGCUAUAUUUUUCUUUAUCUGCCCUGUGAUUUUGCUUCAUGUCCUUCAAAGUUUUUUAUGGUAAUUCUAAAGGAAAAAACAGUGUAUUUUUAUUUGAUAACUAGGCAAAAUCAUUUGCCAUUUUUUAUUUCAUAAAUAUUUAUUUUUCUAUCUCUUAAUAUCAGUUUUAUUUAAAAAAUUAUGUGUUUCUCUUGCCUCUCACAUAGUUCAUCCAGUCAUAUUUAUUAUUGUCAAAUGUUAACUGGAGAUAAUUAAAAAAAAAAAUGUCACCACUUAACACUUAACCAGAAUGUUAGUGUUUUAGCUGUCUUAGUAAGUGACCAAAGGUGGUAUUUCCCUUGUGAUAGCUAAUUCAACAUCUUUAUUGAAAAUUUGUUACUUUUUUUCAAGGUUUCUAAAAGAUUACAAUUCUAAAAUAUUUUAUGUUUAUUUUAUUUUUGUGUAAAGCAAACACUUUUUAAAGAAUAUCAGAGUAAAUAUUACCCUAUGAAUAAGGAGAUAGAAAUGAAAUUCAGCCAGUUAAAUCCUCAUAUUCUUUCUCAUGCAAGUAAUGUAAUAAUGUUUGAGACUAUAGAAGCAACUCAACUGUAUUUUAAUGAACUGCCAGACACUCUUCACUGUGUUCUCUGCUUUUUACUUUGUCAUUUUUAUAUAAAUGUGGAAGCAUUUUUUGUUGUUGUUGCUGCUGGAACGAACACAUGCAGCUUAAUUUUUAGGCCCAUAAUGUAGUAAUGAUUUAAUGUUGUGAUGUAAACUAAUAAUUCUGUCCUUGGAAGAAAUUUCUGUUUCUGUAUCUUUGUUCUUUGGAGGCCAGGCCUCGUUAACACCAGUAUUGUUGAAUAAACAAAAUAUGUUAUCGAGCCUUAUCAUAAGGCUGCUUGACAUAGACACCCACUCUCCUCUACCUUUUAUAAAUCAUUGUUUGGAAGUGAAGUUAGAUAAGAGUCAGAUUAAAUGUUUUGACUUGAAAAAUAUUUGACUCUUGCGUUCAAACCACUGUUAGACAUAAGUAGUUUAUUAGACCUAAGUAUUUUAUUUUGGAAUUGGACAGUCAUUUCCAUGUAUUUAAAGGAACAUUGUGAUUUUCAGAAAGUGGCUUUGCGUACUAUAACUAUUUCUCAAGUUACUCUACAACCACCAGGAGCAUACCAAUAAAUUACAAAAAACAGAAAAUGAAAAAUAACUCUAGGUGUUUUCAAUGAUAGAGAAAUAGCUAAGUUAGAAAAGAAAGAUGAAUAGAUGCUCCUAGGAGGAAAACCUUUGUAGAAUGCAGUGACCACUUGGAUCUAGGUCAUACUCCAAAAUGUGUGAUCUUGGUCUUUAUGUUUACUGAACUCACUCUAGAAAAUUCUGGACCCAAUUCAUUACCCCUUCCUUUUGUUCUCUAAUGUGGCCUGAAGCUCAACUAGAUGAUGAGUACAUUCAUUGCUGAUUGUUGCUCAUGUCUUUCCCUCAAAGUCAAAACUUUUCAAUAUAAAAAUAAUUAGCUUUUAACUGAUUAUUAAUUUUCUUUAAUACUGUCAAAUCUUGUCUAUAUUUUGUGUUGUGCCAAAUUUGAAGUACCUACUAUAAUAUGGUGCAUUCAGUUUACCACGUAAGUGGUUAACGUUUUAAGUCUUGAAUUUUGUUUGUUUGUUUUUUUGAAAUGGAGUCUUGCUCUGUUGCCAGGCUGGAGUGCAGUGGCGCCAUCUGGGCUCACUGCACACCCCGCCUCCCAGGUACAAGGUAUUCUCCUGCCUCAGCUCCCCGAGUAGCUGGGACUAAAGGUGCACGCCACCCAGCCCACCGUUUUUUUUUUUUUUUUUUUUUGUAUUUUUAAUAGAGAUGAGGUUUCACCUUGUAAGCCAGGAUGGCCUCUAUCUUUUGACCUUGUAAUCCACCUGCCUCGGCCUCCCAAAGUGCUAGGAUUACAGGUGUGAGCCACUGUGCCUGGCUAAGUCCUGGAUUUUUAAUGUCUUGCCUUUGUAUAAAAAUCACUUUGGGGAAUACCAAGAUGAUUUAUUAUUUAGUGAUUAUUUUCUUGAAAGAUAACUAUGAUGAUAAGGAGUGAAAUCUCUGUGUAAACAGCUUUCUGAAGAACUGAGACUAGAAUAGAACUUGCAGCCAAAGGCUUUUUUCCCUUUUGGGAAGACAGUAUUUGUGUAGAGAGUAUUAAGGUAGAUUACAUUGUACAUAGAGUGCCAUAUUGUGAUAAAAGUUUUUCUUAGAAACAAUCAUAACAAAAUCAAAACCUCAUCUUUCAGCAAAAAGGAACAAUGAUUUUUAAAUUACUUUGUCUGUUACUUACUGCUUAUAGAGAAGUGACUAUAUAAAAUGGCCCCAUUUUCUCAUUUCUGGUGGUGCCUGUGAGUCUUAAAGCCAUAUCUGCUUAUCUUACGGUUGAUAGAAUACUUUUUUCUUCUUAGCCCAUGAUAGGUAUAUGGGCAGGUAGAAGGAAACUGGAGACUGUCCUGUUAAUGCUGCAUGGGGCACAAUGUCAUUCAAAUUCUUGGUGGAAGAAUCUCCUUUAUCCAUGGUGAGAGGUAAGAGUAUUAAAGAAAAGAGACAGAGGCUAUUGGUGGUCCUGGUGUUUAACAACUAUCAUUAAAAAUGCUGAAACUUAAUUCUAGAGAAGUCAAGAAAGAAAAGGUAAACUGAGAAAAAUCUGAGUACUACAGAGUCACUUUUACAAUGAGACCUGCACUUUAUGCCAGUACUGUAUGUUACUUCCUUUAUGUGACUGACUGUCAACUUUCCAUUGAAGUAUAACAUUCACAGGUGAUCCCCAAGCAUCCUUGUCGUCACAAGCUUUGGACCUUCUCUGCUACUGACUCGUGGCUGACCUGUAACACAGUAAAUACAUAGUUUUAUUUCAUGUUGUUUGUCAACCUCUGAAUAAGCAGUAGCAUGACCAAAAAGACUGGUAGAGAAAGUGUGAGAAUUUCCUGAUCAAAUCCUUUAUACCAGUUGACCACUUCUUGAGUAAUUGAGAGUUUACUGUCUUCUAUGGUGACUAUAUAGAAGAUAUUUCCAAAGGUUCUGGUGUGCAGGGAAGACAUUUAGAUGAUUUGUAAGAAUUUCACCAACACCCUUGGGUAUUGAAAUGUUUAACCAUUGACAGAAAAAAAAAGGAGAAAACCAAACAAAACAGAGACAUUUACUUGAAAUGGGAGAUUUGCUAAUGUGAAGAGUGUUUUUAUUUUACUUUUAAGAGAGAAGCAGGAAAACUUUUGCCAUGGUAAGAAAGACACCAGAAGGGUGGUUCUGUUUAAUGCCACAAGCUAAUACAAUCUUGUAAGUAAUCAUGUUGAGUUGUAGAACUAUAUGGCCCUAAAAACCAUUCUCUUUCAUAUAUGUAUGUAUACUAUAUAUAUAUAUAUAUAUAUGAACACUGCCUAGCAAUGUUUUAAUAGAUUUAAGAUGCAUUUGUACAUUCUUAGCAAACUAGAAAAUGCUUUUUUUUCCUUUUCGAGUAACUUCAUAGCAUAGGGGACCAGCGCUGUGCAGGUUUCAGCAUUUCAGAUAAGGGCAGAAUUAAUUGUGUGACUUAAUGCCCUGUUAUUCAUUGGUGAGGUUCAUAUAUAAGUGAUAGAGAAAGUGACAGAUGGGUGUGAGUGACAUUUCCUUCAUGAAAGGUCAAGGAGUAAGAACAUGUAAGGGAAGACAGCUAAGAGACUAUACUAUGACAUAUCGUAUAAUUGGGAUACAUUUUUGUUAACCCUGGAUUUCAGGCUAUAAUUGCUAAAAUAAUUUCUAGCUGUUAAAUUUGAUGAGAAGGCUUUUGACAUCAGAAUUUUUAUACUUUUGGUUGAAUUGGCCUUGGAAAUCCCAAUCGUUUCUAAUUUCAGCUCUUGCUGUACACUGCAAGCCAAAUGCUCUUUCUCAGAAAGAGCUAUGUUUUUUACUUUCCUCUUACAGGCAACCCAAUAUUUAUUUCAUAAAUUGUUACAAAUAAUGAGAGGAUACACUUGGAAGAUAGCAUAUAAAAAUGAUGGUCCAAAAUGAGAAUUCUCCAUAAUGGGGUUUUCCCUAAGAUGAAUCCAUUGCAGCACAUACUUUGAAAAGGUGCUGAAUUCAGAAGUACAAGAGUUUUCUCAUACAAAUGAAGCUGCUCAGGAAAUCUGAGGUGAUGCUAUCAUUUGUCUCAUAAUUUGGAAAAAUGGUCUUUUGAGAGAGAGACUACACAUUGCCUGGGCGCUUUCAGAUUCUUUAGUAAGUGCCCCUUUGAUAUUUGGAAUGUACAUAUUUUUAUAAAAUAAAAGGAUUGUUAUCCCAAAUGCUCAUGGAUUUAUAACCAAGCCCCAGAAGAAUAAGCAGCUUUGAGAUAGCUAUUUCAUGGAAUUAAACAGAACCUUGAUGGAAUAUAGUUGCCUAUGUGAGGACAGAAAACAAAGAGGCUGCCUCAAACCACAUCUAGAGAUUAAGUGAAAUUGUGAGGGACACUUUGUGGAUGCCUUAAAGGUGACCAGUGGUGGGUUCUAAUGGGAAUAUAUACAUCCAUCUGGACUAGGCCAAUGGAAGCAGUCUCUUUCAGUUCACCUUCAUACAGCACAAGUUGUUCCUGCUCAUGACCUCACUGAGGAAAAUGAGAAACGUGGUGCUGGUGACUUUCAUGUGUCUUGGGAGAUUGAUGUGUUCAGUGUCAUUAAGUCACUCCCAAAACACAAACCUCCUUUUUAAAAUGCCAAUUGUACAUCUACAUUAAUUCAUCUAUGCAAGCUUGUGUUUUCAUGGUUUGUUUUUUACACCAUAUUUCUCAUUGGGUUCUUUAAACAUCAGGUUUAAUAUUGAUAUUAUGAAUAAUUUUUAAACCAAAGUAUUCUAUAAGUCUGUGUGCUUUGUUUUCCUGGAUGGUUUGACCAAGGUAAACACCAGUCUUGUCCUUCUCUCUUAAUAAAGUCAUCCAUUUCUUAA